AUUGUCAUCACAUUCUUAAUAUGCGCUGUUCCUGAAAGAGGAACUUUUAUUCGACAUGCACAGCGGCUGAGAACACAUGCCUGAUUGAUAGCUGGGAGCAAUGAGUAGCAUAAGCUUGAAGGAUGUGAGUGCAGCAGUCAUGGUGGUGCUGCUGGUGUGUGUGAGCGAGUGUAAAUCAAUGCCAGAUCCCCGUCAGAGAGAGCAGAUGCUGCAGCAGGAGCUCUUACAGCAGAUCGGGGGAAACAUGGAGCUCAAUGAAGCCGAAAAGCGGAUGGAUUCACUGCUGUACAUGCUGAAGAUGAAGGAAAUCACCCUUUCACCUUUCCCACCGGCCAAUCACUUCUUCAAAGUGCGGCACAUCAUACAGCAAAGCCCGAUAUUCAAACUGCUGCAGAAAAUGCCAAAAGGUGCUGCCCUUCACAUCCAUAACUCUGCUAUGGUGAGUGUUGAUUGGCUGCUGAACGCCACAUACAGGCCUAACUGCUACAUCUGCUUCACUUGGGACGGAUCGGUUCGGUUCAUGUUCUCCACCAGUACACCCUUUCCGCGCUGGGGAUGCUCUUUUUGGAAACGGCUAGACAUUUUAAGAGCCAGUCUUGGUGAUGUCACUUCCUUUGAUAACAGCUUGAUGCGUAAUCUAACGCUUUUUACGGAAGACCCGGAGACGUCUUAUCCCACACAGGACUAUAUAUGGAAGCGGUUUGAGAAGAUUUUCAUUGCUCUGUCUGGGCUGAUCACAUAUGCUCCUGUCCUGAAGGAUCACAUCUACCAGGGUUUGAAAGAGCUUUAUGAAGACAACAUCAUGUAUGUGGAGCUGAGGAUUGGACAGGCCAAGGCAUAUGAACUGGACGGCACUACCCAUGACAGAGCGUGGACUAUCGAGGUCUACAGAAACAUCACUGAGCAGUUCAGAGCAAAUCAUCCAGACUUUAUAGGAACUCGUGUAAUCCUCUCCGCUCACAGGUCUUCUAGUGUGUCUCGAGUGAAGCAGGCUGUGCAGGAGGCCAUUGAGAUGCAGAGAAAAUAUCCAGAGAUUGUUGCAGGAUUUGACCUGGUUGGUCGUGAAGACACCGGAGGGUCAAUCUGGUAUUUUCGGGAUGCUUUAUCACUCCCUUCAGAGUCACAACUUCCGUACUUUUUCCACGCUGGAGAAACAGAUUUGGAUGGGACCGAUGUGGACAGGAAUGUGUUAGACGCUCUGCUGUUUAACACCAGCCGUAUCGGACACGGUUUUGCAAUUGUUCAUCAUCCCGUAGCAAAACAGCUCUCCAGGAGCAGGAGGGUGGCAGUGGAGUUGUGUCCCAUUUCCAAUCAGGUGCUAAAGCUGGUCUCAGAUCUGCGAAAUCAUCCAGCCGCGGUGUUAAUGUCUGACGGACAUCCUAUGGUGGUCAGCUCCGAUGAUCCCAGUUUAUUCGGGACCACAGGACUGUCCUAUGAUUUCUAUGAGGUGUUUGUCGGUAUUGGUGGAUUGAGUGCAAACCUGGGCACUCUAAAGGAGCUCGCUAUCAACUCAAUCAGGUACAGUUCAUUAUCAGCACAACUGCAGGAUAAAGCUAUGACCGUAUGGCAGGAAAAGUGGAACACAUUUAUAGCAGAAAACUCAUAACCAUGACAAAAACACUUUA